AACGUUUGAAAAAAAACCAACACAGUUGCCAAUGCCCAACGUUUUUCAAAUUCAAAUUUCUGUUGAUACCAUCAAUAUGGCUUUCGGCUGCAAACACAAGAUAAAGCAAUAUCCAACCACUACACUGCCCUUUCCUUUAAAGCACAAAUAGAGUGCUCCACAACACAACAAAAAAUCAAGAAUCCUAUUUAUACCUGUUAUUCUGCUCUUUAACAAAUUCGGUUCCAAAAUGUGUAGUUUCAAGAAAACUACAAACCCACUUCGUUCUUCAAAUUCAUAUAAUUCCCUUUAUGAUAAUCCAUUGAAUGAGCCCAGACAAAACCGUAGCAGUAGCAAUGGCAGCAACAGCACUAUAGGAGAAACACUUGGUGUUCAUUUGCUUCAGAACCAACUAGUUAUCUCUGAUAACAAAGAGAAUGCUGCACCAAAUAAACCUGAAAAAUCCAAUCUUUCUGAUAAAGAUUGGACUAGUAAGGUUGUGAAUAACGAUUUUUCAGUCCCGACGGGUGAGGUGAAGCCAACUUCACUUCAGUUAUGCAUACAAAAAAAUGAACCAGAUUCUAAGAUUGGGUUGAAAAUUUGGGAACAUUCGGAUACAGGGACGCCGAAUUCGGGUAAUAUUUGGGAUUAUUCUGAUUCCGAGGCUGCUCCAGCUUCUUCUUGGUCUACACUUCCUAAUAGGUCAUUGUUGUACCGGCCUUUGCCUAUGGAUAUUGGAAGAUGUACUUGUGUGAUAGUGAAGGAAGCAUCUCCAGAAAGCCGGGAUGCAGGGACUUUUUACUCACUUUAUACAAACGAGGGGCAGGGACGUCAAAAUCGGAAACUUGCCAUAGCCCAUCACAGAAGGCGUGGUGGAAAAUCUGAGUUUGUAGUUGCUCAAAAUACAAAGGGAAAAUGGGGAAAAUCUGAUGAUAGUUUGAUUGGACAUGUAACUGCUAAUCUUCUGGGAUCAAAAUACCACAUAUGGGAUCAGGGCCAUCGUAAUUCCACAACCAAACAAUCAAAAUUGCUGGGCGUUGUAACAUUCAUGCCUACCAUCGCAACUUGGACCGGGAGCUACAGAAGGAUGAAAGCAUGCAUACCAAAACACCAGUCCAUGCAGUUAAAAAGUACAGCUCAGCACAUCAAUGGACUACCCGCCGACUGGGAGGAGCAUAUGGACAAAGUGAAUCAGUUGUUUUCAAAGAUUCCUCACUACAAUAAGGUCUCAAGACAGAAUGAGUUAGAUUUUAGAGAUAGAGGAAGGGCUGGACUCAGAAUCCAGAGCUCCGUUAAGAAUUUUCAGCUUACUAUGGAGAAGAAUGGAAGGCAGACAAUACUACAACUUGGUAGAGUUGGGAAAGCUAAAUAUGUGAUGGACUACAGGUACCCAUUGACAGGUUAUCAAGCGUUUUGCAUAUGUUUGUCUUCUAUUGAUUCAAAGCUGUGCUGCACACUGUAAAUGGAAUCUCCAGAACAUUUUGUUGUUCAACCUCUGAACAACAAGUCACUGAUUUGACUAAGUGCAGUUCUGCAAUUUUUUCUGUAAGGCGUAACAUGAUUUUGGAAUAGGGAUGUUGUUGAAGGAGAUAAUAGUAUCUUUCAUUCCUGCUUGUUGAAACUUCUACGUGCACUUGGUGGAGAUUUUGUACAAGUUCUGGCUAAUGAAAUUUAACGGUUGGUAAUG